GGGUGAAAAGCCAGGUCAUCGAUUUCUUGCACUAAUCCUUCUAACUAUCCUGGGGCCAGAGGUACUGGUGCACCCGUUUCUAUAGGAAAAGUACAACAAAGGGCCGGCUAGCCUGAAACCUAGUGAAAGGGCCCUGGUGUCAGGGGCCUGAAGGGCCCUUUCACCCACAUGAGACCAAUGCCUUUAUUCCGACAAAUUCUCUUAAUUUUCUGCAGAGAACGGUACGCAGUUUAAUGGAAAAUGUCUACUACCAUUCGCAAUAACUUGCCACGCCUCCUCUUCCGGACCUCCGAACCAUUUGGUGUCAAAGAGUCACACGGCAAGGGACAGGCUCUUCCUUCUCCUACGUCCCGCUGGGUUUGCGGGCUCGUCGACGCAUCCUCAUGCUCUGUGGAUGCCAUGGGCAUUUCCCUACCUCGCACAGUCGUCCGGGGAUAUGCAAGCUCCGAGGCUGGUGAGCCCGGGAUGCCAGGUGGUUGAGCGUGUAUCUCGGAAGUCUUCAUUCUCUGGCCAAUUCUCCAGGAGAAGCCUUCGUUUGGGCGCAUUUCGAAGUCGGCGUCUUGUACAAUGGAAUACGGCGAACGCCACCCUGGAGCGACCUCGUCGAGUGUAUCGGCUGUGGCAUCUGGAAGCCUGUGCUGUACAUAGGUUGCUAGGUCGCAUUUCGCUGCCAAUUGGAUGAGAUUGGAGAACU